AUGGACCUGUACCAGUAUUACAUCUACGAAAAUGCCGAUCAGCGAACAAAAAACUGGUUUCUGGCGGGGUCACCGUUUCCAAUCAUUGGCAUCAUUCUCUGCUAUCUAGCAUUGGUGUACUACAUCGUGCCUAGGUACAUGCGAAAUCGGGAGGCUUACCAGCUGAAGACUUUCAUGGGAUUUUACAACCUGUUCCAGGUGGUGUACUGUGUGUUCCUCAUUACAAAUCUAGUAAAGGCAGGAUGGAGACCGUACUUUUUCUACCGAUGCGUCGAAACCGACUACUCGAACGAACCGAAGGCGAUGCUGAUGGUCGAAACAACGUGGUACCUGCUGAUGAUCAAACUGUUCGAGCUGCUCGAGACGGUUCUGUUUGUGCUGCGUAAGAAACAGAACCAGGUGUCGGUGCUGCACGUGUACCAUCACAUAAGCACCUUUGCGAUAGCGUACAUCUACACCAAAUAUAUUGGAGGAAGCAUGCUUACGUUCUCGAUCGUGGCGAACUGUGUCGUCCACAUCAUCAUGUACUCGUACUACUUCAUGUCCGCGUACGAUGUGCCGCUGUUCAAAUUCCUCGUGGCAAAGUACAAAAAAUACAUCACCAAAAUUCAACUGAUCCAGUUCUGUCUGAUGAUGGCGAACAAUCUGUUCGGGCUCAAUCCGCACUGUAACGUGUCCCGACCGUUUCUGGCCAUGUACAUACCGAACAUCUUCAUCCUGAUGUAUCUGUUCUACGAUUUCUACAAGAAAUCGUACAGCAAAUCGAAACCGAGCAAAGUGAAGCAAUAGGCAGAAACACGCCAACAUGAUUCGGAUCGCUGACUGGGACGGGCGGCCCGAAAUCCUUGGAGUGCAAUAAUAAAUCGAUUUUAGCAUCACGAGCCACGGGCCGACUCCAGUUGAGACACGCGAAUAAGGGCCUCGGAAUGGAGAAUAAGCUCCAAUAAGGGCAAAUAUCGUUUCAAUGCCUUAGCGAGAGGGAAAGCUUUAACUAAUGUGAUUGAAUUCGGGGAGGGCGAGUACAACGUUUCGUAUGCCAUUGUUUUCCGUUUUUUAAGGUUUUUGUGUAUUAUUAACAAGGCAUGAAGGGGGAGCAAGGGCACGUUGUUGACAACAGUCCUGCAACAAAGGAUCAGAAGACGGGUUAUUUAUAUUGUUGUUUUAAUUUUUUGUAUAUUUUUUGUUACAUAUUAGAGAUAGUAAAUAAUAUAAAACUAUCAAGAAAUCAUGUUACAAUCUAGUGCUCGUGAUCGCACGAGUCAAUUACGGGGACAUGGUCCUGUCUUUAUCACUGCGAUGAAAAACCUUAGCUUCCGAGUGCGUAGAUAGAAAGUGAUAUGAAUUAAAUUGCUGCAAAUUUAAACCAUAAUUCAAUUGCUACUUGCAGUUGCCACACACGCUCUCAAUAAAUGCAGAGAUGUUUAU